CUGUUCGCAAUAAUGAAGGGCUCCACAUUCUUCAACGCCGCGUCGCUGCUGUCGCCUCUCUUUGCCUCGACGACUCUGGCACAGGCUUCCAAAUACACCCACCCCGGAACUGGCAUUGAGUUCUUGCGUCAAGUCAUCACCGAUGCCCAGACCACAGGCGGCUUAGAAUGGGGUUAUGUACUACCAGAGACCGGUGUUGGCAACAAUGAGUACAUUGGGUACUUGGUUGGUUCUCUGGCGUCAGGCGGGAAAGGAUGGUCAGGCAUCAGCCACGGUGGCGGUAUGCCCAACUCUCUUCUACUAGUGGCUUCUCCUGAUGGAGAUGCCGUCAAGACUCAAUUUGUCUGGGCCGGUGGAUACGUCGCUCCUGAUCCUUACACUGGAUCUGUUACCCUUACUCAGAUUUCUCACUCUGUCAACAGCACCCACUUUGAGUUGGUUUACAGAUGUGAAAACUGUUGGGUGUGGGACCAAGGGGGUGCCGAGGGCUCCCAACUUCCCGCUGAUGAUGGCGUACAAGUCAUUGGCUGGGCACAGCACAGCGAUCUGCCUCCCGCGGCCGGCGGCUCAUGGGUUUUCCACAACAACGGACAGUCCCAGUUCGGCAUUCCCGUCACGGAUGCACGCAACGCAAAAUAUGCUGAGUGGGCUGGCAAUGGAGCGACUCCCACCCCCACCCCGACCCCGACUCCAACCCCAACCCCUACACCAACGGAACCGGCCAAGUGCUCUGGUACUCCCGCUCCCACUGAUACCUACGACUACAUUGUUGUUGGCGCCGGUGCCGGAGGUAUCCCCGUUGCCGAUAAGCUCUCCGAGGCUGGCAAAAAGGUUCUGCUCAUCGAGAAGGGCCCUCCUUCCCUCGGACGGUUCGGUGGUAAGAUGAAGCCAACUUGGCUUGAAGGCACCGAUUUGACUCGUUUCGAUGUCCCUGGUCUUUGCAACCAGAUCUGGAGGGAUUCCACGGGCAUUGCCUGCACCGAUAUCGACCAAAUGGCCGGAUGCGUUCUUGGAGGAGGCACUGCCGUUAACGCUGCGCUCUGGUGGAAGCCCGUCCCCAUUGACUGGGACUUCAACUUCCCCAGUGGUUGGAAAUCGGCAGAUAUGAAAGCAGCGACUGAUGCUGUUUUCAAACGCAUUCCUGGCACUGACACUCCAUCCCAAGACCACAAGCGUUACAUGCAGGAGGGCUUCGAGGUUCUCUCUACCGCUUUCAGCGCUGAUGGGUGGAAACAAGUUACCGCCAACGAUGUUCCGGAGCAGAAGAACCGCGUCUACUCCCACUCCCCAUUCAUGUACGAGAACGGUCAGCGCCAGGGUCCUCUCGGUACCUACCUUGUCUCCGCUAUUAACCGACCCAGCUUCAAGCUUCUCCAGAACACAGCGGUCAGACGUGUAGUCCGCGAUGGAAAGACAGCGACUGGUGUAGAGCUUGAGAGCGGUACCUGUGGAACCAUCAAGCUUAACAAGGGUGGCCGUGUCAUUCUCUCCGCUGGCACUUUCGGAUCUACCAAGCUUCUCUUCCGAAGUGGAAUCGGGCCAAAAGAUCAAUUGGACAUUGUCAAGAAGAGCGGUCUUGAUGGAUCUACCAUGAUCAACGAGACCCAGUGGAUCAACCUCCCUGUCGGUCAGAACCUCAACGACCACGUCAACACCGAUCUUGUUGUGCAGCAUAACAACGUUUCUACCUACGACUUUUACGAGGCGUGGACUGAUCCAAUUGAGGCGGACAAGACCAAGUACCUCCAAAGCCGCGCUGGUAUACUAGCUCAAUCUGCGCCGAACAUCGGCCCCUUGGCCUGGGAGGUUAUCAAGGGCACAGAUGGUGUAGACCGAUCUAUCCAAUGGACUGCCCGUGUAGAAGGCCCGAAAGCCAACGAUACCCACUCCAUGACCAUCUCUCAAUACCUUGGACGUGGAACUAACUCCCGUGGUGCACUUUCCAUCAACGGCGCGCUCGGUAUGUUUGUGUCCAAGGCACCUUACCUCCAGACACAGGCCGACACGGAUGCCAUCAUUACCAGCAUCAAGAACAUGCAAAAGGCCAUUGCCAAGUUGCCUUCCAUCACUUUCCAAGUCCCGGCCCCUGGUGUUUCGGUUGAAGACUACGUCGCUAGUCUUCCAAAGACUCCUAGCUCCCGACGAGCCAACCACUGGAUCGGCACUGCUAAGAUCGGCACUGACAGCGGCCUUACGGGUGGUACCUCUGUCGUUGACACCAACACACAGGUCUACGGCACUGACAACAUCCACGUUGUUGACGCUUCCAUCUUCCCCGGAAUGAUUGUUACCAACCCCACGUCGUACAUUGUCACCGUCGCUGAGCACGCAGCCAAGAAGAUUCUUGCGCUCAAAUAGCUU